AUGGGAUCUAUCGAUGGAUUAGUGCAGCAGUUUCAGAAAUGCCAAACUGUUAUGAUGAGAGAACCAAUCUCAUCUUUACCAGAUAAGCAGGGGAUUCAUGGUCGAACCCGUACCUGUGUUCACAGGGUCUGGGUAGAUCUGAGUUUCGGGGGUUCAAGAGUUGGGGCAGAGUGGAUAGUGAAAUCCACAGAUGGAUUGGAUGUGUGGAACCAAAGUGGGCAGGAGGCUAAAGGCAGAGCUUGGAAAUAUAUUGGUGUAUCUGCUACUCUUACCCAUGGUGACAAACUCUGGGUAGUGACUGAUGGAGUGAUGGACCAAGACCAGAAGAGUCGCCUCUGGACUGUGUCUGGGUCUGAGAGAUGA